CAUGUUACCCCUGUAUUAUCUCUGAUCUCUCUCUCACUUCCAGAGUCAGCUCCAAACAAACACUACACAUACAACACUCUCGUCUCUCUCUCUCGCUCGCUCGGUCCAAAUGUCAACCUCGCUGCAUCCUCCGCCCUCCUCAGCUCUCUCCUCCUCUCUUCAAAAGGCAAGGUUGAGAAGGUUCAUUAUUUCCUCCGCCAAACCCAAUUUCAACCUCAACCCUCACAGAUCGUUUCCUCAAAUCCGAGCUUCCACUGGCUUCUCAUCUUCUCUGGACGCCGGUUCAACCACCGAGUGGGACUCCGUGUCAAGCUACAGCGAGAUCGUACCUGAUACUGUCAUUUUCGAUGAUUUCGAGAGGUUUCCUCCAACUGCUGCAACCGUUAGCUCAUCUCUUCUGCUCGGUAUCUGCAGCCUCCCCGACACGAAAUUCAAGAAUGCUGUGGAUAUGGCAUUGUCAGAUACCCAGUGUUAUGGUCAGCAGGGCUCCGAUAAUAAAGUGUCAUGUUUCUUUAACAAGGCUUUAGUGAAUGUUGGUGGUGAUCUUACAAAGCUAGUCCCUGGCCGAGUUUCAACAGAAGUGGAUGCUCGUCUUGCAUAUGACAAGCAUGGCAUUGUUAGCAAGGUGCAUGACCUGCUGAAAUUGUAUAAUGACAUCAACAUCCCUCCAGAACGAUUGUUGUUUAAAAUUCCUUCAACUUGGCAAGGAAUAGAAGCAUCAAGUUUAUUGGAAGCUGAAGGCAUACAGACACACUUGACUUUUGUUUACAGCUUUUGCCAAGCUGCAGCUGCAGCUCAAGCUGGUGCCUCUGUAAUACAGAUUUUUGUUGGCCGCCUUAGGGAUUGGGCACGGCACCAUUCUGGUGAUCCUGAGAUAGAAGCUGCUCUUAAAAGAGGGGAAGAUCCUGGGGUGGCUUUGGUGACAAAAGCCUAUAAUUACAUUCACAAACAUGGGUAUAAAUCAAAGUUGAUGGCAGCAGCUGUGCGGAACAAGCAGGAUAUUUUCAAUCUUCUAGGGGUUGACUAUAUCAUCACCCCAUUGAAGUUAUUGCAGUCUCUCAAGGAAUCUGUCACUCCUCCUGAUGAGAAAUACUCAUUUCUAAAGAGGUUGUCCCCACAAUCCGCUGCUACCUAUAGCUUCAGUGAUGAAGAGCUUGUAAAGUGGGACCAAUACAGCUUUGCAUCAGCUAUGGGCCCGGCCUCCGUGCAACUUCUGGCUGCUGGACUGGACGGCUAUGUUAUUCAAGCUAAGCGGGUUGAGGAGUUGUUUGGAAAAAUGUGGCCACCCCCGAAUGUCUAAAGUUCUCGUAAGCAGCUAAGUGGAUGUUGCCUUUCUGAAAUAAAGUCACAGAUCAAUCUCAAAGUGCAGUUCUUCAUGUUCCUUUCCCCCCCUUUUCCUUCGCGCUUCUUCAAAUGCAGUUGGUAUCGCUGUGUUUUCUUCUCCCGAGUACAGUUUAUGUUGUUAAUUGUAUCUUUGGCAUUUUGUUUUUUACUUGCAAUCGAUGAUAAAUUUCUUUGGCCUUUGCACAUAA